AUGAUGACCCACAACAACAACACAAGCACCACAGAAACAAAUUUACUGACGACGACGUCAACCACAAAAGAUUAUAGAAAUUCAUCCACAACAUCAACCAUGUUUUCCACUCCUACUCAACCAAAGGAUAUUGCAAGCAUUGCUUCUUCGUCGAGCACCGAUGAGGAGGAGGACACCAUUUUAGGCUCCUAUCAUGACAUCAAAUCCAGAUACUUUAUGUCUCUCAAUCUUUCUCAACAAAAAACACCGCCACCACAAACAUCUCCUUCUGGAUCAAAUUCUACUACCUCCCCUCGUCUUGCAACAAAUAAUGACAACACAAAUGUCAACAGGCCACAACGAACGAGUAGUUUGAGUGCUCAGUUAUCGAAACAAUCUUCAACGACGUCUCCUGUUGACAAACAACCCCUGAAAGAGGUCUCCAAGAAACAAACACAAAUUGAUUUCUACAAACAUUCCCAAGCAAUUCCCAUACCAACCAAAGUUUCAAACCCACUCCCAAUCAUUGACAACAGUUUAGUCACCCCAAACCACGGAGCCACCUAUGAGCCAUCACUUGUUCCAAGUCUCAUGAAUGAUGACACUACUCCAAUGAUGUUCGAAGGUGAUUUUAGUUUUACAGAUAGCAGUGAGAGUGGAAGUGUUGAUUUAGCCCCAUUCUUCACAACACAAGUGACAUUGUCUUCCAACCAGAACAACACGAGCAACAGAACAACUCAACCCAAAUCAAGCAUGAAGUCAACCACAUCAUCAUCAAAACAAAAAGGUUCUCAAAAGAGUGUAUCUAUGAAAAUUGAGACCACAACAUCAGUUGUCAGAGAUGAUGAUCUUGAUGAUGACAGAUCGCCUUUGACGCCAAACAGAAACAUUAUCCCUCCUCACUUACUCAAUAAUCGAUCAGAUUUUUCCUUGUACAGACAACAACAAAAACAUAACACCAAAGUAUAUAAAAUAUAG